AUGGCUAAGAUCGAAGAUUAUACCAAGGCACUGGAGAUCCUCAAGGACUACCCCUCCAGCGACGGCCUUCACAUUGAUGCAUUGCUGGACUCAGACAAGCAUGGCGCAUUGACUUAUAACGACUUUCUCAUUCUACCCGGCUCAAUCACUUUCGCGGCAUCGGAAGUCAGUUUAGAGACCAAGAUUACCAGAAGAUUCUUCUUAAAGGCACCUUUUGUCUCAUCUCCCAUGGACACUGUGACUGAGCAUAAUAUGGCCAUUCACAUGGCUCUUCUAGGAGGACUGGGAGUUAUCCACAACAACUGCCCGGCCGAAGAACAGGCGGAAAUGGUCCGAAAAGUCAAGCGCUAUGAAAACGGGUUCAUACUAGAUCCUAUCAUUUUGCCUCCUACCGCAACAGUUGGGGAGGCAAAGGAACUGAAAGCCAAAUGGGGAUUUGGAGGUUUCCCAAUCACCGUCAGCAGUAGAGACAUCCAGUUUCAUGACCAGCUUGAUGACUUAGUCACCGCUGUCAUGUCCACAGACCUGGUAACUGCACCAGCAGGCACAACUCUUACCGAAGCAAACAAUGUUCUCCGAAGCUCAAAGAAGGGCAAACUGCCAAUCGUGGAUCGACACCAAAACCUCAUCUCGUUGCUCUCUCGAAGCGACUUGAUGAAGAAUAUCCACUAUCCCUUGGCAUCCAAGCUGCAGUCCAAACAGCUCAUCUGUGCGGCGGCUAUAAGUACCCACGAAGCCGACAAGGCGCGACUCAAGGGACUGGUUGAUGCAGGCCUAGAUAUCGUCGUGGUCGACAGUAGCCAGGGAAACAGCAUGUAUCAGAUCGCAAUGAUCAAAUACAUCAAAGAAACAUUUCCACAAAUCGACGUCAUCGGCGGUAAUAUCGUGACUCGCGAGCAGGCUGCAUCAUUGAUUGCCGCUGGCGUAGAUGGUAUACGAAUUGGUAUGGGGAGUGGCAGCGCCUGCAUCACGCAGGAGGUUAUGGCUGUCGGUCGUCCCCAAGCGGCAGCCGUACGCAGCGUGUCCUCAUUCGCGGCGCGAUUUGGUGUUCCAUGUAUCGCCGAUGGCGGUGUUCAGAACCUUGGUCAUAUCGUCAAGGGUCUCUCGCUGGGAGCCUCGGCCGUUAUGAUGGGAGGCUUGCUUGCUGGUACGACAGAAUCACCUGGAGAAUACUUUGUGAGUAGCGAAGGACAGCUCGUGAAAGCUUAUCGUGGUAUGGGAAGUAUUGCGGUCAUGGAAGACAAAAGCAAGAGUGGUAGUAAUGCUGGUGCAUCACGCUACUUCUCUGAGAAUGACAAGGUCAAGGUUGCUCAGGGUGUUGCGGGCUCGGUUAUUGACCGGGGUUCUAUCAUUAAAUACGUGCCUUAUCUUGUGGCCGGAGUUCAACAUUCUCUUCAGGAUAUCGGCGUCAAGAGUUUGAAUGACCUGUGGAAAGGUGUGAAUGAUGGCGUUGUUCGGUUUGAGAUGAGAAGUGCAAGUGCUCAGGCUGAGGGAAAUAUUAAUGGGUUGCACACCCAUGAGAAGAAGCUAUAUGCUUGA